CUUUGUUCCCUCAUUUCCCUUUUGUUAGUCCUAAGUAAAGACAUAAAAUCGCUCCACUUCCAUUCCUUUGCCAUCUCUACAUGAACCGAGGCCCUCUCCAAAGCUGUUACAACCUUCUCUUACAACGAUGGUCCGAGAAACCGGCCCCUACAAUUACAAUGACACCAACCGCGCUUUUCUCCAGGCCUUCAUGGGCCGCUCGACCAUGACCUUCGAGGAGGCCAAACCCGUAUUAGCUGCGAUCUUCUCAGCGCAUGAGAAACAACCCGUCUCCCCCGAAGAAAUCACCGAGGACGAACUACAAUCCUACAUCGUGACAGCCAACAACGCCAUCUCGCCUUUCGACCUCGAGAUCCGCAGUACCCUGCCGCAGAUAGAAGUUGACCCGAGCCAGACGACGGCCGUUCCCCCUCCGGAGCGGGUGUAUGCGCUGGUGAACACGACGAGCGACGCGCUGACGCAGCUGGCGACGACGUACUCGGCGGACGAGAUCGCCUACGUCAAGCGGCUGCUGGAUGCGAUGUUCGAGACGCAUAAUACGCGACGCUGCGAGGCGAUGGCGGUGAGCGGGAUGCAGGCGUUGCAGCUGGCAAAAGUAUCCGGGGACGGCGGCAGCCAGAGGAGGGAGUCCGGGUUGCAGUCGCAGCCGACGCUGACGCAGGGUGCAACGCAGCAGCCGGACUCGCAGGUGGUGGGUGGGGUGGUGCAGUCGUUGACGAUGUCGCAGGCGGAGGCGUUGCUGAAGCAGUUGGUCGAGGAAGGGUGGUUCGGGAAGAGCCCUAAGGGGUUCUACAGCCUUAGUCCCCGGGGCUUGAUAGAGCUGCGGGGGUGGUUGGUUGCGACGUAUAACGACGAGGCGGAGGGGAUCCGGAAGAUCAAGUUCUGUGCUGCGUGCAAGGAUCUGAUUACUGCGGGUCAACGGUGUGGCGAUCGAGAUUGCCUGGGAAGAUUGCAUGAUCACUGCAUGCGCCACUUCUUCCGCUCUCAGCAGGCUGAGGUCUGUCCGGUGUGUAAGGAUACCUGGCCGGGUGACAAGUUCGUCGGCGAGAGAGCAGUCACACAGGCUGAUCAGGAGCUGCACGCCCGGAGAAGAAGGAGCUCGAAUACCCAGCGGCCGAGCGAUGCAGCCGAGCCGAGCACUCAGCUUGAACUUGCACCAGUGGAGGAAGAUGAAGGCAGUGACUGAAGAACGCGGAUAUUUUGAAAUCAUGACUGAUAUCCUGACACCCCGCACUUGCGAAGAUAUACCGCCGGUCAACUACUGCACUUCGCUUGUUUGGCAUCCGGGCCUUUCUCUUCGGAGCUUACCCCGAAGACCCCCACUAUAUCCCGAGCGAGCCAUACAAAUGGUUGCGUGCGUGGGAGAGCUGCUCGAUCAAACUGUCGCCUCAUGGGGCUGAGCUGUUUAUUUCUGACUUUGUCACGAAACCAGAGAAGCAAUGCCACCGACAAUGCAGC